GAGGAAGUGGACGAGGGGGCUUUGGAGCGAUGCCUUGAUGGAGCAUGGGCCAGGUUUUAGGAUUCUCCCAGUGCCAGGAAUACGGCUCAGUGGCCUCCACGCCGGACUCCACCCCCCCCUGCACUGAUGGUGGGAACGAGGAGUCGGAGCUGUGCUCGCUGCAGACGGCCCGGGACUGGUCCGAGGACGAGGAGCUGGAGGAGGAGGAGCUAGAGGAGGAGCUGGAGGAGGACGAGGGGCUGGGCUCCUCCCCGUCCCUCUGGGGGACGCCCCGGCAGAACUCCUACGAGCUCGGCUUCUCCUACUUCGCCAUCGCCGAGGCGGAGGCGGCGGGCGCCUCGCGGCACCGUGACCGCCGCCGCACCCCGCCCCGCGCCGGCCGCGCCCUGCUGCUGCGGGCCGACACCCUGGAGGCCCUGCUGGACCCCCCCGACCCGGACUGGGACCCCCAGGCCUUCCUGGGGCUGGGGGACAGCGGGGAGACGGGGGAGACGGGGGAGACAGGGGAGACCCGGGGGGCUGGCGGCCAGCCCUCAGCAGGCCCGGCCCACCUCCCGGGCGCCGCACCCGGGAACCAAAGAGGGGAGACGGAGGGCGACCCGUCGCCCCACCGACCGCAGCCGGCUGUCGCCAUGGAGACCAUCUCGGUGAAGCUGCUCACCUGUGUGGGCCCUCCAGGGGCGCGCGGAGCAGAGGCGGCGGCGGCCGGCCCCACUCAGGAACACCUGGCCAGCCUCCACUGGUUCUCAGCCCUCGGCCUGACGGAGGAGCAGGCGGUGUGCUUCCAGGAGGCAGUGAUGGAUCUGAUCUACUGGAAGGACACGGAGCGGUCGGGCAUGGUGCUGACGGGGCUGGUGGUGGUCCUGCUGUCCCUGUUCCAGCUCAGCAUCAUCACCGUGGUCUCCACCCUCUCGCUCGCCGUCGUCUGCUUCGCCAUCGCCGUGCGCGUCUACUACAAGACCCUGCACAUCCUCAACUGGGCUGAUGGGGAGCACCCCUUCAAGAAGUACCUGGACAUGGACAUCGGUCUGAGUGGAGAGCAGGCCGAGCAUGCUGUGCAGAAGGCCAUCGUCAUGGCGAUGUCUGCGUUGGAUACCCUGAAGAAACUAGUCUUUGUCGCCAACCUCAUCGACUCCCUCAAGUUCCUGGUCCUGCUGUACCUGGCAACGUUCCUUGGGAAGAUCUUCAACGGCCUCACCGUCUUCAUCAUGGGUGUUAUCGCUAUUUUCUCUCUGCCACUUUUCUACCAGCAGCGCCAGGAGCAGGUCGAUAGCGCCAUUGCGAAGAUCCAGGCCAACGUCGACAACGUGAAGGACAUUGUGCGCAGAAUUCUCCAAGGAGGAGGCCCGACCCCGGACCCCACACCAGGUGGCGCCAAACCCAAAACCCAGUGACACGAAACAACGAAAAUAUAAAGAAAACGGACAAAAAACAAGGAGUUGGGAAUGAAGAGGAAACUAAGUGGAGUUACAGGCUGUCACUCAGAUGUCUUACCCAGCAGUCUGUGCUCGGGGGGG